AUGGUCGGGUUUGCUGCCGGCCAGCUUAUCAAGCUUGCGGACGGUCGCCACGCGAGAAUUCGAUUCAUCGGGACAACGCGUUUUGCCCCUGGAGAAUGGAUCGGAUUGGAACUCGAAGACGCAACGGGUAAAAACGAUGGCUCGGUUCAAGGAGAAAGAUAUUUCGAGUGUGAAUAUGGAUUUGGCAUGUUCGUCCGGGCGUCUGCCAUUGUUGAGAUUGUUGAGCAGGCGAGGAAAGAAGAGCCCAGGGUUGCGCCGAAAAGUGGCCUCGAUGGCAGGGGAAGACCGGGGUCGAUGAUUGUGCCUCCCGGAGGCGCAGUGGGAACAAGAAGACAGAGCUUGAUGUCAUCUACACCGGGGGGAAAGAAGUCGAGUUCUGCUGCUUCAAGUCCUUCGCCUGCUCCAAGAGCCUUGGGUCGAGUGUUACGGUCGCCUACAAAAUCACCGGUGAAACAGUUGGCUGGACCCGGUACUCCUGCUGCAUCCCGGGCUUCCUCGACAGCUUCGAGGACUAUUCCAAGCCAUAAGCCCAGACCAAGCUUAUCAAACCGCAGCUCAGCAGCUCCUACUCCCACAUCUACAACGUCUAACUCUCGUUUAUCAUUACGCCAAUCCCAACCCCAAUCUACGAUGGGACCUCCCGCGAAAACCACUCGUACAGGGUUGGCCGCUUCGCGUACAACCAUAAGCCCGGCCACAUCCAGACGUAUGUCACUAAAACCAGCUACAGCGAAGUCACCGGUGAUGGGCAAAGUGGAAGCGAGCUCUGGUGAGCAAAGCGAAGAUGCAUCACGGGCAAGCUCACCUCCCGAUGGGCCAGAGCUUGAUGUUGUCAAGCCAAGUUUGGCUCGACCUACACCAUCUCCGAUGAGCCAGAGAUCUGUUUCCGGUAGCAAUAUGCUAGUACAGAAGGAGCUUGAUGAUCUAAAGACAAAGCUGAAGAUUAUGGAGAAAAAAAGAGCGGAAGACCGCGAGAAGCUAAAGAUGGUUGAGACGUACCGGACAGAGAGAGACAAGUUCGAGACUAUCAUACAGAAGCUUAGGGAAAAAUAUCAACCUCAGCAACAGGAAAUUACUACAUUGAGAAAACAGCUCAAGGAAGCCGAAUAUAGGGUUGAAGAAGUCGAGAGACUUCAAGCUGAACAUGAAUCCAUUCUUGAGAUGGCAGCAUUGGAUCGAGAGAUGGCGGAAGAAGUUGCUGAAUCAAUCAAAGCUGAGUAUGAAGCUUUGAAGAUUCGGACGGAGGAAUUGGAGCUUGAGGUAGAAGUCUUGAAGGAGGAGAAUGAUCAGCUUGGACAGGUCAUGAGCCCUGAAGAGAAAUCGAGUCAGGGAUGGCUGCAAAUGGAACGAACAAAUGAGCGUCUACGUGAAGCUUUGAUCCGCCUUCGUGAUAUGACACAACAACAGGAAGCUGACCUAAAAGAUCAAAUCAAGGAUCUGGAGGAAGAACUCAAGGACUAUAACAACCUCAAGGCUCAGUAUGAGUCUACCAAGGAGAAGUUGCUUGCGUCAGAAGCGAAUAUGGAGGAUCUCAAACAGCAGGUGGAGGCUUUGGGGGCCGAGGAAAUGAUUGAAGAGCUCACCGAGAAAAAUAUGCAGUACCAGGAGGAAGUGAACGAACUGAAGGCAAUAAUAGAAGACCUCGAGAGUUUAAAGGAACUGAAUGAUGAGCUUGAGAUCAAUCACAUUGAAUCUGAGAAACAGCUCCAAGAAGAGAUUGAUUUCCGGGAGGGUAUUUAUCAUGAACAAAACCGAAAGAUCUCACAACAAGAUGCCGUCAUUGAAGAUCUUGAAUAUACCCUUUCGAAGUUCCGCGAGCUGGUCUCGACCCUGCAGAAUGACCUAGAAGACAUGCGAGCCUCGCAGCAAAUCACAGAGACUGAGGCUACGGAUCUAACCGUACGUUCAAGAGCAAUGAUGGAUCUGAACAUGAAGCUCCAAGCUUCAGCUGCAAAAGCUCAGGUCAAGUCUAUGGACUUAGAGCUAGGUCGAAUGGAGGCAGAAGAGUCUGCCAGCCACCUGUCUAUUGUUAAGCUUUAUCUGCCUGACUAUUACGAAAGCGAACGGAAUCCAAUUCUUGCACUCCUCCGGUUUAAGCGUGUGGGGUUCAAAGCCUCAGUAAUGGGUAACGCCGUAAGGGAACGUCUGGCCGACCCGUCAAUCCGCUUCCCUGAGCGAGAUGGAUUUCUGGCUUACGAGGUACUCGAGAAACUUACCUGGAUAUCACUGGUCUGUGAUAGAUUUAUCACUUUUAUGGAUGGUUGUUCAAGCGAACAAUUUUCUUCCUUUGAAGGAGCUCUAUACGAGCUUGAACCAGUUGAGCGCAUCUUGAACUUUUGGAUUGAGAGCCUGAAAAAGGGGGAGCUGAAUGAGAAGACUUGCGCAGAUGAACUCCAGCGAUCAACUGCUCUUUUGUCACAUCUAGCGGAGACACUAAUACCGCAACACGUCGAAGGUACUGGAAAUGAGAUGUAUAUGCUAUCUGUUUUGACGCAGACUUAUCUGGAUAGCACAGCAUCCGCUUUUGCUCAAUUGAAGUCUAAAAUUCAAUCCAAAAUACCCCCUUCGCCGGAAGACGAGGAAAGCCAACAUCUCUACAAGAAAAUUGACACAGUCGUUCAGCAGGCAAGAGGAAUAAAAGUUGCAUCAAGCAAAGUCACUCGGUCUUUAGAAGAACUGAGAACAAGGUCACUAGCUCUUGCGGAGGAAUGCAAAGAGGCAUUUGAGUCAACCGAACAAGCCGCUAAGGAACUGUCAGAAAUGGCUCAGCUCAUCGGAAAUAGUUUCCUACAACUUGUCGAUGAUGAUGAUCGCACUGAACCAUUCACGUACCCAGAGGUGUUGACUAGUAUGUCUGAUGCAAUUGCUUCUAUCCCUAAGGGAUCACUUGGAGACAGUGGUUCAAACGACGCCCUUGCACUUAUCGCCAAUAAACUUCGUCUUUUGACAGGUUAUGUUGAUGAGGCAUCGAAUCUUUCCUCCGACUUGUCUCAGACAGUUGAGUUUGAUCGACGACAAUCUCCAUGGAUUGCUCGCUCAAAGAUGCUUAAGGCAAGCCAGGAAACUUCACCGGAUGCUGAAGAAGAGAUCAGACGCUUAAGGAAUGAACUGAGUGAGGCGUCAAAUGCUCUCGGAGCGAAAGACAGAGUCUUUGAGGAGCAGUCUAUCAAGAUCGAACUCCUUGAAGCACGUAUGCGUGAGGCUAGUAAAAAGGCAGCUGUCGUCAAAGACUUGGAAGCUGAGAUAGGGAAUCUACACUCCAAAGAGAAUGAGCUUGUUGCUCUAGUUGAACGACAAUCUCAAAAUAUGCAGGCAAUCGAAAGGGAGCGGGAUGAGUACAGAAGCCGCUUCGAAAAACUGAAACGAGCUUCCGAUUCUGAGGGAAGCAGCGGCGUAGGAGGGGUUGUAAACGCUGCGGCUUCAUUAUCAGUCAUGAAAGAAAACGAGGCCUUACGGGCGGAAGUCACCGGCCUUCAAUCCUCUAUUCGUUAUAUUCGGGAUGACAACAAGCGAGCCCGCCUUCUUGACCCGUAUUCUGUACAGAGAAGCAACCAUAUGCGCUCUUGGCUUGACGUUCCUUUGGUUCGUUCCAAGCCUUCGGUUAAUGAGCAAGACCCCGAUCAUCGACACAAGCAGGCUGCCGAAUGCCGCGACAUCCUUGGUCACUUACUGAAGUUAACUAAGGAAUCAAAACUCGUGGAUCUCAAGGCAAGUAGCACUUCAGAUCCUGCAAACCGUCUUGCAUGGUGCCCUGUCAAAUCAACUCCGAAAUAUCAUGCCAUGAAGCAACGUGAACAUUAUGAGCAGUGGAGCCAAUGGAAAGACGAAGUUGUUAAAGAGAGGAAGAUGAAGAAGCUGAAUGCCGGCUCUGGUACCACGAGGCGAGUCCUGCCAACAAGCAACCCAAGUGCCCCAGCUAGUUUUCCUGUGGACCAUGCGGCCUUUCCCGAUAUUUCUCGGAAAGGGCUGGCACCUGACAGAGACGAGGGCGUAAUGGGCAAGACAUGGAAGAUUCUCGGCCUCCAGCCGGAUACUGGCGAUAUCCCAAGGGUGUCAAAUGAGCCCCAGAUACUUGAUGACUAG